AUGACUGAUAGAGUCCGACGAAAUGGUCAGUUGUCAUCCUGUGAGCCUUGUCGCAGAUCUAAACUUCGAUGCGAUCACAAAAGACCAAUUUGUGGGAGGUGCACGCGCCGCCGCUUAUCACAGCAGCAAUGCCAUUACCACCCAGCUCCAAUGGCAAAGCAGCUUGCGACCGAAAGCCUUAGUGCGCCGCUCCGUCAGCGCAGCGCUCCCAGAUCUAUCCCGACGUACGCAAGCACUCUGACAGAAGACUCUCAGGCCUACGAACCCAUUAAUAUGAACACGGACUUGAUGUGUUUUGCAGACCCACAUACAUCUCACUCUCAGCGUUCAUACACAUCCAUGACCAGAACUGGCGUAGCUCUACCUCAGCCUUCGCGGCCUACUGAACAAAUCGUUUCCCAAGGAGCAAGAUUGUUGAAUGAUAUCUUGGAGCUUGUCACUGAAAUUGGUGAGCCGCUUGAAAAAUUUUCGAUUCUAGCGGAGGACUUCAGCAUUCAUGGAUCUCUUAUCGAGGCGUUAUGGAACGCAACAAAUGACAGUAUACGAGAUCUACUAAGAGACCGCUCCAAAUUCACAUUGGACUCGAUGUCCGAAGCAAUAUUCGAGCAAACGUCUUCAUUUCCAGUCUUUCCGCCAGCUACUGCUGCUGGUACCUUUGAAAAACUUUCCAGUACUCAAGCACUGCGCUGGGAUCUUCUUGGUUUAUAUUGUGCACGAAUCGGAGUAUAUCUCGGUGGAGAAAAAGACAAAACAUCUAACUUUGCUGCCCAUCAGACUUGGAAGUCCGAUCGUAUCAUUUUGAUGCAGAGUACUUUCCAGGCUUGCAUUCAAUGCGAGUCACUUUGCAACUAUCUGGGGACCGUCAACGAUAUCACAUUUUGGUCUAUAAUGUUUUCUACUGUCCUAGCUUCAUGGUGUUUUGGUGACGAUUCAUAUCAUGUCAUACGACUUGUGGGCAGCAUGUCGUCUAUCUUUAUUGCCUUGGGAUUCAACAAGGGCGUGCAGAGUGACUCCUCCGUUCCAUUGUAUAUGGUUGAGAUCCGGAAGCGAGCAAUUGCCUGGGCACAUGACCACGACAAAGUCUUUGCCACUUUUACAUCACGUCGACACUUUUGUACAGUUGAAUUGCCGCUUGAUUUGCCCGAUUAUGCAGUGAUUGGUACCGCGGGACGGUUCCAAAGAGCUCGUGAGAACUUGGACGAAAACGGUUGGAAUAAAAAUAACAUGAUUCUUCCAGUAUCGCGUUUACGAGUGCAACUGCUAUUAUGCAUGAUUCGUGAAGAAGUCCUGGAGCUCAAAAUUGGACCGCUCGUACCAGACAUGAAGACAAGAGCAGAGCAUAUCUCGCAGAAGUUAAAGUCUACCUGGCUUUCAAUUCCACCGCAUAUGAAAUACGACAAAGUGCAACAUGGGGGAAGCCAAAAUAUGACUAUUUUAAUGCUCCAGAACCUACGAUUGGAAUAUCUUUAUACGGAAUUCCUUUUACACGCUCUACUCGCCAAUUCAGGUGAGAGUAGCCGGGAACGGCUGAUAACGACUGCUCACGAGGUUGUCAAUCUUGCCCUCCUUCCAACCCGAAAAAGGGAGCUAUUACACAGCCAUAGACCAGAUAUGGAAUGGGUUUUAGUGUUCUAUGCCAUGCCAUGUGCAAGCGUUCUGACCUUGGAGCUGCUGCGACAAAAUCAACAUCCCGAAGAGCAGCUUAUAAUCAAUCGAAGCGGCGUCAUUCAAGAUAUCAGCGUCUUGAUCUCGUGCUGCGAUUCUUUGACAGAAUCCGGACAGAGCAAUUAUGAAAUUUGCAAACAAGCCCAGUCGAUCUUUUCCAAGAGUCUCGAUUCAAUUCUAAACAAAACCGAACAUAUCCAAAGGAGCAAACCUAGAGAGAUGGUGGCGCCUCUUCACGAACAGGCAGGAUCUAUGAGCGCCGAACCUCAUAAUGCAGUGGCCCAAGAUCCUGAGUGGAUGGCAUGGCUUGACUUUGUGGGUUUGCAAGGAGACCCGUGGUUAGAAUCGAUCAUUCCUGAAAUACCCGUUGAGUAA